CAAUGGUUUGCCCAGGGCCUCGAACACCCCCGACCACCGCGAAGAGCUGCCUGCGGCGAUGUAACGCAGAAGCCCCAAACGCAGGGUUGUUGCCCCUACUCCCAAGGCGCCGGGCUUAGGGUCAAUUUCCGUGACUCGAAGAGCAUAUGCGUAGGUGCCCGUGUUGGGUCCCUCCCAAAGAAAGGAGUUGAACCUCACGAAGCACGUCACCGCGCCACCAGGCUGCACAGGCACUUUGCACGGGCAUCUCCGCGGGGUCCGGAGGUGGCGCGCCCCAGCUGCUGACGCGCUGGUGGUGCUUAUUAAUCAUUCACCAGCCCAGAGCGCGCCAGUUAAUGGCUGUGCGGCUCGGGGCUACAGUCUCCCGGCUUCCCCUCUCCGCGCUCGCGAGUGGCCAGGCGCCCGGAGCGGCAAGCGGCUGCGCGCCGGCAGCAGUUGGGCCAUGCGUCCCGCGGGCGCGGGUCGGAGCCGAGCUCCCGGCCGCCGCUGUGCGCUACCCUCCGGCGCCAGGCGGCAGUGAGCCGCGGGCAGACGGCCGGGCUGCUGAGUGAGGGCGCCAGCGGCGGGGGUCCAGGAGAGCUCCCCAGCCCCAGCAGCCCCACCGUCCCCCACCCGCGGAGAUGUUUCCCAAUGGCACCGCCUCCUCUCCCUGCUCUCCCAGCCCCAGCCCGGGCAGCUGUGGCGAAGGCAGCGGCAGCAGGGGCCCUGGGGCCGGCGCCGCGGACGGCAUGGAGGAGCCCGGGCGAAAUGCGUCCCAGAACGGGACCUUGAGCGAAGGCCAGGGCAGCGCCAUCCUCAUCUCCUUCAUCUACUCCGUGGUGUGCCUGGUGGGGCUGUGUGGGAAUUCCAUGGUCAUCUAUGUGAUCCUGCGCUACGCCAAGAUGAAGACGGCCACCAACAUCUACAUCCUCAACCUGGCCAUUGCCGACGAGCUGCUCAUGCUCAGCGUGCCCUUCCUGGUCACCUCCACGCUGCUCCGCCACUGGCCCUUCGGCGCGCUGCUCUGCCGCCUCGUGCUCAGUGUGGACGCGGUCAACAUGUUCACCAGCAUCUACUGUCUGACCGUGCUCAGCGUGGACCGCUACGUGGCCGUGGUGCACCCCAUCAAGGCAGCGCGCUACCGCCGGCCCACUGUGGCCAAGGUGGUGAACUUGGGGGUGUGGGUGCUCUCGCUGCUGGUCAUUCUGCCCAUCGUGGUCUUCUCACGCACGGCGGCCAACAGUGACGGCACCGUGGCCUGCAACAUGCUCAUGCCCGAGCCCGCCCAGCGCUGGCUGGUGGGCUUCGUGUUGUACACGUUUCUCAUGGGCUUCCUGCUGCCCGUCGGGGCCAUCUGCCUGUGCUACGUGCUCAUCAUCACCAAAAUGCGCAUGGUCGCCCUCAAGGCCGGCUGGCAGCAGCGCAAGCGCUCCGAGCGUAAGAUCACCCUGAUGGUGAUGAUGGUGGUGAUGGUGUUUGUCAUCUGCUGGAUGCCUUUCUACGUGGUGCAGCUGGUCAAUGUGUUCGCGGAGCAGGACGACGCCACGGUGAGCCAGCUGUCGGUCAUCCUCGGCUAUGCCAACAGCUGCGCCAACCCCAUCCUCUACGGCUUCCUCUCGGACAACUUCAAGCGCUCUUUCCAGCGCAUCCUGUGCCUCAGCUGGAUGGACAACGCCACGGAGGAGCCCGUGGACUACUACGCCACCGCCCUCAAGAGCCGCGCCUACAGCGUGGAGGACUUUCAGCCCGAGAACCUGGAGUCCGGGGGCGUCUUCCGCAAUGGCACCUGCACGUCCCGGAUCACGACUCUCUGAGGCGGGCCCUCGCAGGGGAGGGUGAGGACAAAGGGGAGCCGGGUGUGCGAGGUGAAAGUAUCCCAGGGGGCAGGGUGCGGUGUGGCAAAGUGGGGAUAGGACAUCGUGCGCUCCGCUCUUCGGCUGAAGAGACCUGGGAAAGGAGCACGACAGAGGUGGAAUCGGGCGUUUUGCGUGUAAACGGGGAAGGCUUGCGAGCCCCCUUCUCCACUCUCCCGCCUUCCUACACGGCGUCUGUACUUCUGCACCCUCUACGCUUCCCACUCUGUAACUUCGAUCUUUCCUUCCGCCCAGUCCUGCCUGUGCAGAUCGUGAACUCUUUACCGUCUCCAACUCAGGCCGCCAGCCGUGCUUUCUGUGUGUUUAAGCCUCGCCACGGGUUUCCCGAGGGGUGAGUCCCCUGCUGGCCCUCAGCCGCGCCCCUGCGCUGGCCAGAUUCCGCCUGGUGCCCCUAGCGGGGUCUGGAACCACCGCUCUCCCCCUUGCACCGCCCUACUUUAAGGGAGACGGACUCCAGAGGGAACGAGGCAGCCAGCCCUUUCCCCUGCUCUACAGCGAGGCUGCGUCGCCCUCCGAGCCCCUUCGCCACCCCCACGCCGCCCGGAGCGGAGCCAGGUGCUUAGCAAAAUCGGUCCCGCGCUUCGAACCCCAGGCAUUGCGUGGCUCCCAUCCAAACCCCCUUUGGAGCCAAAAGGAGCUGAGAACAAGGGCCCAGGUUGGGGACGGACGGGAAGAGGGACUGUAAUGGCAGCCACCGCCUCCAGCUCCGCUUACCGCCGGGCUUUAGGUUUCAAAGACCGGCGCUCCUGGGCGCUGGUCUGCCUUAGGCCGCCGAGGGCAGGGCGGACUUUCCCCGAGGGCCGAUUGGGAGCGUGGCUGCAGCUACUCUAGGUUGUAUCCCUCACCCAAACGUCAGAGGUGCGGAUCUAAGAGCAGCGGCAGACUCAGUUUCCUGCUCUGGUUUAUCUCUAAGACAGAGCCCUGGGGCCCGGACCUCUGGUGCCGCCUACAGAGCCCGGCCUUUCCCCGCUGUGUCGCCGCCACCUGCAGGCUAGAGUGGGGGCCUGUCAGGCCCCGAGGGUUGCUCCUUUCAAGCGGUGCCUAAUAAGUUAUUUUCCAGUUUAACAUAUUUAUUUAUUUAUUUGUGGUGUUUGAAAAUUUCUCUGCUUUCCAUUUCUCUGUUUGCCAAGCCCAGGGCUUUUUCUCCAGGACACUGAGGGUGAGGGUGCAGUGUGUGUGUCUAAGGUUCCCUCAAAACCUCUCCUCUUUGCUGGGUCCUCUUUUAUUAUCCUUUUCCAGCCUUUCUAUUUUUGCUUGUAUCCAGUGAGUUUGGAGAUUUUCUUAUACUUCCUUAUAUAGUCUCUUGUUUGUCUUAUAAUAAAUAAAUGAUUAUGUGGGUUAGCCUCCUCUCGUGCAGAGUGAAAAGCUCUGUACUCCUUGCUUUCAGCAUCACCUUGUGUAUGAUUUGGAUAUGCAUAAUAUAUAUUUACAUAUUAUGUAUAUUUGUUUAUCUUGUUCCAUUGUCACGAGUCCAUAAAAUAGCUCCCAAAUAGAGCCACUAACAAUGACAGGUGUAAGGCUGGCUGAACCACUUUCAGAUAAGGGGGUGCAAGCAGCACUCAAACCUGGAACUCAGAAGUCUGAUUCAGAUAGACUUGAUCCAUGUUGAGGAUGUCCCUGGUUAUGUCCCUGAUUCCUCUAGUUUCCCGCAUAGGUGAGUCCAACACACAGACCAGUUCACAACAUUAUUCUUUUUUAAAGACAUUGAAAAUGGAAUAAGUUGUGUCUGUGUUUAAUCUUACAAACUACAUUGGAAGCCUGAGCAGGACAAGGACCAAUAAUUUUACUUCUUUGUAUUUCCUGUAUUGUUUUAGUACACUGGCUUGUACAUAGUAGGCACUAAAUACGUGUUUGUUGGUUGAGAGCUUAAGUUAGCCAGAGUGCAUUACAAUGAUCCAUCAGGAGGUGGUAGGUCUGGGGCUCUUGGGUCUACCAUUGACAUGAUACACAAUGAUUGAGAUCACUCUGGAAAAAGAUGUUUCUGUAUAUUUCCUUCAAGAACAUUGUGCUUUCCUGAAAGCAGUAACCAAGAGUUCAAAUGCCCCUUAUGUUUACUUUAAACUAAUUAACAAACAUGCUUUUGGUACUAAAUCAGAAAGUUUCAUUCUGUUCCUUAAUAAUAAUAUAUAUUAUUACUCUUUUGAAAAAUAGAUUUUUAAAAUAUCUUUAUUGUUGAAAGUAAUACAUAUGUCCUAUUUUUCCCCCCAUUGACCCCUUCUAGCCUGCCCCUAUGCCCCCCCCCCUCAGCCUUCACUAUCCUAUUGUCUGUGUCCAAGGGUUAUGCAUACAAGUUCUUUGGUUGCUAUCUUCCCGCCCACCCACCCCCAUCUUCCCUCUGAGAUUUGACAGUCUGUGGAAAAUAGAUUUUUAACUGGUUAAGAACAGUGAAAUUUACAAUUCAAAACCUUGAUCAUUAACCUCUUAAGAAGAUACAAAUCUAGUGCUCUUAACCUGUUACCAUUGUAAUAUUAACCAAAUAAACAAAUGUAUCAUGU